AUGUCUAGUUCCGAAGGUGAUGCAACAUCAAACAAUCUAAGAGGAGAUAGAGGCAGCGCUUACGGUGAUGGGGAUAACGACGUUGUAAAGGAAGAUUGGAAGAAAGGGUCAUGGUCCAAAUCCGAAGAUGAGAUCUUGCUUGAGUAUGUAAAAAGGUUUGGUGCAAAGAAUUGGAAUGAAGUAUGGAAGAAUACCAGUCUAAAGAGAUGUGGACAGAGUUGUAGAUUGCGAUGGGCUAACUAUUUGAAUCCUGAUCUAAAAAAAGGUGCAUUUUCUGUUGAUGAAGUAAACCUCAUCACUGAACUCCACAAGAAGCAUGGAAACAGAUGGUCUCACAUAGCUUCUCAGGUACUUUGGCCUUAA